CCUCUGCAACUCGUCACUGACAAUGGCUUCACUUCUCGACAAGCUUCUUUUGUCCCUUCUCAUCACUUACAUUGUCUUGUCGAGCUCCAAAGUCGACGCCCAAGUUGAAGAAACAAGCUUGAAGCUGGUGACCGAUGCUUUGGAAUGGCCGCUUUCAAUGUCACUUUACAGCGACUUAAACGACGAUGAAGGUGAUGAAGAUAUAGACGGUGAAGAGGGAAAUGGGAAUAGCCGUAGAUCUUUGUUUUGGAAGAGGAUGACGUAUUACAUAUCGUACGGUGCGCUCUCAGCUAAUAGGAUCCCAUGUCCACCAAGAUCGGGCAGGUCUUAUUAUACCCACAACUGUUUCAAGGCUCAUGGACCGGUCCAUCCUUACUCAAGAGGAUGCUCUAGGAUCACCCGUUGCAGGAGAUGAAGUUAAUUAUUACUACAAAUUUUGGGUUUUUAAUGCCCCUUGAAAAGGAUUGA